ACUCUCGGAAAGCCUCAGAAACCAAAGACCAGAGGACUCUCCAUCCGCCAGCUGGACAACUCCUCCCCAUUGCCAGCCCCCACCCCCUGGCUGCUCCUGCCCCGGAAAGGCCUGGAGGAAGAGGCCAAGGAAACAGCCCUGCCCACUCUCCCUUGACCCUCCAACCACCCAGCACCAGCCUCUGAAGACCCCAUGGCCCGGGCUCCCUGGGGCUGCUACCCCUGGCUUGUCCUACUCUGUGCUUGUGCCUGGGGCCGCCCAAAGUCACUGGACCUGAGACAGGAUGUGAGAAACUGUUCAACCAGCCCUCCGUACCUUCCAGUUACUGUGGUCAAUACCACAGCGCAGCUCACAGCCCUCCGCCAGCAGAUGCACACCCAGAAUCUCUCUGCCUACAUCGUCCCCGACACGGAUGCUCACAUGAGCGAGUACAUCGGCGACUAUGACAAGAGGCGUGCGUGGAUUACAGGCUUUACAGGGUCUGCAGGAAUCGCCGUGGUGACCACGGGGAAAGCCGCUCUCUGGACCGACAGCCGCUACUGGACCCAGGCUGAGCGUCAGAUGGACUGCAAUUGGGAGCUCCAUAGGGAAGUUGGCACCAGUCCUGUUGUCACCUGGCUCCUCAACGAGAUUCCUGUUGGAGGGCGUGUGGGCUUCGACCCCUUCCUCUUCUCCAUCAAUUCCUGGGAGAGUUAUAACGCGGCCCUCCGAGACUCUGACAGAGAGCUGGUGUCUAUCACCGUCAACCUUGUGGACCUGCUGUGGGGGUCAGAGAGGCCUCCGAUGCCAAGUGAGCCCAUCUACGCCCUGCAGGAGGCAUUCACAGGAAGCAGCUGGCAGGAGAAAGUAUCUGGCAUCCGCAGCCAGAUGCAGAAGCAUCGUGCGGCCCCGACUGCCGUGCUUCUGUCCGCACUUGAGGAGACGGCCUGGCUCUUCAACCUUCGCAGCAGUGACAUCCCUUAUAACCCCUUCUUCUAUUCCUACACGCUGCUCACUGACUCCUCCAUCAGGUUAUUUGCAAACAAGAGUCGCUUUAGCUCCAAGACCCUGCAGUACCUGAACUCUAGCUGCACGGGUUCCAUGUGUGUGCAACUCGAAGAUUACGGCCAAGUCCGUGACAGCGUCCAGGCUUACACCUCAGGAGUCGUGAAGAUCUGGAUCGGGACCAGCUACACCUCGUAUGGGCUCUAUGAAGUGAUACCCAAGGAGAAACUCAUAGCAGACACCUACUCGCCAGUGAUGGUAACCAAGGCGGUGAAAAACAGCAAGGAGCAGACCCUCCUCAGGGCCAGCCAUGUGCGGGACGCUGUGGCUGUGAUCCGAUACUUGGCCUGGCUGGAGGAGAACGUGCCCAAAGGCACCGUGGAUGAGUUCUCAGGGGCACAGCUGCUGGAGAAGUUCCGAGGAGAAGAAGAGUUCUUCUCCGGAUCCAGUUUUGAAACCAUCUCUGCUAGUGGCCUGAAUGCUGCCCUGGCCCACUACAGCCCCACCAAGGAGCUGCACCACAAGCUGUCCUCAGAUGAGAUGUACCUGCUGGAUUCCGGGGGACAAUACUGGGACGGGACAACAGACAUCACCAGAACAGUCCACUGGGGCACCCCCUCUGCUUUCCAAAAGGAGGCGUACACCCGCGUGUUGAUAGGAAGCAUUGAUCUCUCCAGACUCGUCUUCCCAGCUGCUACAUCAGGGCGAAUGGUGGAGGCCUUUGCCCGCAGAGCCCUGUGGGAUGUUGGCCUCAAUUAUGGUCAUGGGACAGGCCACGGCAUUGGCAACUUCCUGUGUGUGCACGAAUGGCCAGUGGGAUUCCAGUCUGGCAACAUUGCCAUGGCCAAGGGCAUGUUCACUUCCAUCGAACCUGGUUACUAUCAGGAUGGAGAAUUUGGGAUCCGUCUCGAAGAUGUGGCCCUCGUGGUAGAAGCAAAGACCAAGUACCCAGGGACCUACCUGACAUUUGAAGUGGUGUCGUUGGUACCCUAUGACCGGAACCUCAUCGAUGUCAGCCUGCUGUCCCCCGAGCAGCUCCAGUACCUGAACCGCUACUACCAGACCAUCCGCGAGAAGGUGGGCCCCGAGCUCCAGCAGCGCCAGCUGCUGAAGGAGUUCUCCUGGCUGCAGCGGCACACAGAGCCCCUGGCCGGCAGUGCAGCGCCCACCGCCUCCUUGGCCCCUCUGAUGACCGUCUCUGCUCUCACCAUCCUCAGCUGGAGUGUCUAGCAGCUCGAGACUCCCCUCCUGACCCUCUCGCUCAUCUCCCCUCACCCCCCAACCCGUGCCCCAAGAGCCCCUGCUGACCCAUUGCUUGGAAACCACCACCCUUAGCCUCCUUCUGCAGGGCCAGGCCCUAGGGGUGCAGGGCUUCUGGGUCACACCUUCCCCACCCCCCCUGCUCCCCCCACACACACCUGGGCUUCGACAUUUCACCCUCAGCUCCCCACCCCCAAACCCCCAGCCCCAGGAUACAGGAGCCAGCUAGUCCCUUUCCUCCCAUAAGCCUGGUAGGCCUAGCCUGUAACCUGGCAGAGGCCGUUGUCUGCUCCACUCCCAAAAGACCAAUAUAGGACACUGCCCCACCCCCCAGGGGCUCCACGGCCCUGGGAGAGCCCCACCUUGUGAUCACCUGCUGGAGAGAGCCAGACCCACAAUGGCUCCUGACUUGUUGGUCUUCCCGCAUCCUUGAGGCCACCUCUGGCCACCCCCACUGUCCCUGGCCCUGCAGUGGCCUCCUGGCUGCAGCCCACAGGCUGAAGGAAAAAUUGCUGCCUCCAGGCUCCCUGCUGUGCCUGUAGAGGGAGAGGAGGGGAUGGUGGCUGAGUCCUCUGGCUGUGUUACUGCCACCCCAGGGUCAGGGAGACCGGCCAGGUGAGGGGCACAUACACCAGCGCCCCACCCACCCAUGUGUGAGCCCAU